CCAACUUCAAUAUUUCCAUCUUAGAUGAAUAAAGGGAAUUGGCUCCUUAAGUAGGAAAGUAUUCUUCGCUAUGCCAGGAUCAGUAUUGAAAAGGCAAUGGUACCGAAAAACCAAAGAGAUAUUUAGUUUGCCUCAUAUGUCACGCGCUAAAAAAGUUCUAGCUUAUAAAAUAUUUUUAAGACCAAUGUUAGUUUACCAAUGGUUCACAGUGCAACCAUCACAGCUUAAAGUUUUAGAAAUUAAAGCUCUUCGUCAAAUAUUUGGUAAUUUGUGUGAGCACCGUUUGUAUGAAAAGUAUACUGACAUUGAUGUAGUGAGUUACAUGAAACUGCAAGGAAUUAAAUGGCAAAAAGUUACUGGAUCUCCUAUAAGAAACGUUAGAAGGAUGCUUUAUGCAGUUUCGAAAUUGUCUGAUGACCCCACAUAUUAUUUUACAAAUACAAGACUGUUUUGUAGUCAGUCCGAUGAAGAAACUGAUCUACCAGGUAACGAAAAGCAUUGUAACGAAAUAACAAAAGAUAGAAGACAGCUAAGAAGAAGUUUGCGUUUAGCUGUGAAAGAUAACAAAUAGAAUAUACUAUAUUAGUAGAGCAGCAAAAAGCGGAUGAUACAGCGUAUGAGUGAUAUACGAAAAAGAUAUACAUUGAUAAACAUACUCUAAGUCACAGUAGGUUCGGACUACGAGUAGCCUGUUAUUAGAGCCGCCGUACAAUAGCAUUAAAUAUUGUGUCAAAAGCUGUGAUAUGAAAUACUGGGUACUGGUCUAUUUUUCCCACUUCAUUUUUUAUCGGAGACAAACUCUUAAAAUAAUAUAAGCAUACUCAGCUUAAAUAAAAAUGGGAAUAAAAUAACUGAUUUUCAUAUAUUUUAAAAAGUUUUUUUAUGGAAUAACAAGAAUUAGGAUUACUCAGAUGUUUAAUGUGUUAGAUGCAGUUUCAAUAAACGUUGUCAAGAAUGUAAAAUCAUAUACAGUGCCUU